AUAAUGCAAGUUCGCCGCCUGGAGUCGUCGUCGGCUUCGGGCACUGGCGGCGAGCUCUUCUAGCCGCCGGCCACGCAGGAGCCGCUCCGGGCGCUCGCGCUGGCGUCAACCGCGUCGCCUCGGGUGACGUCCUCUCGGACCUCUGCCUGGCCUCUCGUUAGCCAGCCCGGUCGCCUCACGUCCGUUCAGCUCGUGGUCUCGCAGCAGCAGAGCGCAGCGCGGCGACAGCGAGCAAGCAUGGCUCACUGCCUUACCGGCAGCAGCUCUCCCGCCUUCUUCUCGCGCUGCCCACCUCACAAGGAAUCUCACAGACGACAUGCUGUUGUACAAUGUGGCACUUCAUUGGGCACGCCAAGAAUAUCUGAAACUGAAGCUUCACCAGCUGAAUCUUCAGCAGUCAUUCAAGGUGGUACUGCCCCACUGGUUCACGCGCUGAAAUUAACUGCCAGUCAAGAUGUUUCCUGCUUUCACUUCCCAGGACACAAUAGAGGAAAAGCUGCUCCAUCUUCCUUGUCAAAACUUAUUGGCCCAGGGGCAUUUUUGCAUGACUUACCUGAGUUACCGGAGCUUGAUGACCUCUUCUCACCAAAAGGUGUGAUUUUGGAUGCCGAAAAGCGAGCAGCUCAAUUGUUUGGAUCAUCUAAAACUUGGUUCCUUGUCAAUGGAACUACCUGUGGGAUCCAGGCCUCAGUGAUGGCUACCUGUUCUCCUGGGGACUACCUCAUUGUACCACGAAACUGCCACAUUUCUGUGAUCUCUGCACUGGUCUUGUCUGGUGCAGUUCCUAAAUACAUAAUACCAGAGUAUAAUUCCGGGUGGGACAUUGCUGGUGGUAUAACCCCAUUGCUGGUGGACGAAGCAGCAAAAGAGUUGGAGGAGGAUGGAAAGAGGAUUGGCGCUGUUCUUGUUACUUCACCAACCUACCAUGGUGUAUGCAGCAAUGUGCAAGGUAUUGUUAGUGUGUGUCACCCACGAGGCAUUCCAGUAAUAGUUGACGAGGCACAUGGUGCACAUUUCAGGUUCCAUAACAGUUUGCCAAGCACUGCAAUUGAGCAAGGUGCUGACCUGGCUGCGCAAUCCACACACAAGGUCCUGUGCUCCCUUACACAGUCCUCAAUGCUUCACAUGGCUGGAGAUCUAGUGAAUGUAGAUAAAGUAAGCCAGUGCCUUCAGGUCCUCCAGAGCUCGAGCCCGAGUUACCUCCUACUGUCGUCUCUGGAUGCUGCAAGAGAUCAUCUGAGCAAGAACACAAAUAUAUUUGAUGAACCAUUAGCACUAGCAUUGGAAACAAAAGACCAGCUAAUGAUAAUCCCAGGGAUAUCUGUUCUGGACUUGCCAUGCUUUGCUUCUGAUUUCCCUGCUAUUGAUCCAUUGCGUAUUACACUUAGUGCUUCAGAUCUGCAAUUAUCGGGGUAUGAAGCCGAUGACAUUUUAUAUGAAGGUCAUCAAAUCGUAUCUGAGCUUGUUGGCACACGAGCAGUGACAUUUGCAGUUAACUUAGGAACCAGAGUGCAAGAUGUUGAGAAGCUUGUGCAAUCUGCAAAGCAUCUAUCAGAAAAAUAUUUCUUUGCAAAUAGCUCCAAACCUAUGAAGGGAAAUUGUGUCUGUGGCCCAUUAGACAAGAUCUCUGUGCAUCUGACUCCAAGAGAGGCCUUCUUUACAAAGAAGAGGAGAGUAAGAAUUGAGGACAGCCGUGGUGAAAUUUGUGGUGAACUAAUCUGUCCUUACCCACCUGGUAUCCCAGUGCUGAUCCCAGGCGAGGUAGUAACUCAUGAUUCACUUUCUUACUUGAUGAAUGUCAGACACCAAGGCAUCACAAUCAGUGGAGCAGCUGAUGCUGAGUUAAAUUCCAUUCUGGUGUGCAACUUGUGAUGAUUGUUCUGUUGUGUCAAGAGAUUAUAUUGCAGAGGUACUAAGGAAGAUCAGUGGAGCCUUCAUGAUUCUCACUCCUUGGCUGCAUGUUGCAGGGCGCCAGGGCUUCUGAAGCAAGUACUCUCUAGCUGCCCUUUUAUACUGCAUCAUUGUAAUCUCAGCCCUUUUUCAUUUCGCAGAUAGCUACUCCUACUCUAUAUAAGAAACUAUGGGUGCUUACAAAUUAAGACCACCCAAACCUGGACGAAAACUGGAAAUAAUAGUAGCAGCUUUGGUCGCGAUAAUUGUUUAUUUAAAGCUUCAUAUGACCUAUA